UGUGUUGUAUGAUUGUCAUGUGUACUGUGUAUUUACAUUAUUCUGCAAGACAGAGUGGUUUUAUAGAGAAAUGGUGGGUGGAGGGUUUGGGCUGUCGUUAAGUAAAAGAGAAGCGAUACGUUUGAAGGGAGUGAGAAUGGGCGGGUUUCUGCCUUAGUAUAGCGCUAAUAUCCUCUCACUGAGUUAACCUUUUUUUUUAUGGACUGUGGAAUAUUAGACAUGGUUUUGUGUUAUAUUUUUGUGGUCAUGUACAGUGUAACCAACUCAAAAAAGCUUGAAGUAACGGUUUCGGAAACAAAACGCGUAUUAAGUGGUACUAGCAGCCCAAGAUUCAUGUCUCACAAAAAUCUUUCACAUGUCCCGUACACUUUUAAUCGAUAUCUGUUAUAUAUUGCUCCUUUCCAUCAUGCGAAAUUUAUUGUAAGGUACUUUGACUGUGUAAGUUCCUGAAACCAAUUUUAACAACUUUCGACCAGCUACGAAAACAGUAAUUACAAGAUAUAAACACGUUUUAUUGUGCAAAAUGGAUGAUAAUUGAAUUAUCCUUCACUUUUAUCAUUCAUUAUCAAAUAAAAGAAGAUGGCUUGUGAGGAAUGCUCUAUUCGGUUUUCUGUCUUCAAAAGAAAAAAACAGUGUGGCAUUUGCCUUCGUUACUACUGCAAACACUGUUUACUUCCAAGAAGAGAUGACUGUACAAUCAAGUCACCAUGCAUACGAUUGUCAGACAAGAAGUACAUGUGUAGAAAAUGCCGAAUUUUGAGCGCUCGUCCACUAAAUCGUUCUCUUCUCCUUCAACUAAGAGUGAGAGAUUUGCAGCUGUAUCUCUCUUCCCAGAAAAUUUCUACAAGAGGAUGUGUUGAGAAAGAUGACUUGAUAAAUUUGCUACUUCAACAUGUCAAUGGUGCUAAUGAUGUGCCAAGGUAUGCAACAACUGGAUUUCAUAGUCAAACAGAUUUAUCUUGGAGAGAGGAGAGGCAAGAGCAACAACAGCGUAGCAAUUCUGCAGAAAAUUUUGCAUCAUACACUGAUUCUCCUGCUUCUGCCAGUAAUGUCAUGGCUGAUCAACCAGUGAACACAUUCCAAAGUAGUACAGCUACAAAUUCUUGUUCAAACUUGGGCAGUGAUAGUGGCAGAAUUUCAAAUGAUAGCAAUUUACACAGAAGCAGUAGCAUAGAUAUCAACUCUGAAAAUCAGUGGAGUAAUACUAAUCAUGGGUCCAUUGACGGAGUGGACCAGCAGGAAGAUACCAUACAGAAAGAUACCAAUUUUAAGGCCUGCAGUGGAAUAUCACUUGAAGAUAUAAAAAGUGCCGAAGAGAUGGAAAAACUUUCCGUGAAGCAAAUAAAGGAAAUUCUGUCACUGAAUAGAGUAGACUUCAGAGGGUGUGUGGAAAAAUCAGAAUUAAUAGAACGCUUGUCUCGUCUCUGGCACGAUAAUCACAAAUCAAGAACAGAGCUGGACAAUUUGAGCCUUCAAGAAUUAUGCAAAAUAUGUAUGGAUGCUCCUAUUGAAUGUGUUAUUUUGGAAUGUGGACAUAUGGCUGCUUGUAUGAAAUGUGGAAAGCAACUAAGCGAGUGUCCUAUUUGCCGGCAAUUUGUUGUGCGAGUUGUGCGAACUUUUCGAGCAUAAGUGGUAAUUUUAUAUUUACUGUUACAAAAAUUUACUUUUUAUGUGUGUGAAUUUUAGUAUUACAUAAAAGGAAAAGUUUUGUGUAAUGAGAUAACUAAAGAUAUGUGCUUUUAAAAACAAUAAAAAAUAAAACAUUGUAAACUAGUAUUUCUAUUACCAGUAGCUUAGAAGGCCGUGUACUUUGUUACCAAUAAAUGACUGGAUGCAUUAAAACUGUAUAUCAACUAUAA